AUGAUUCAUGCUCAAGAAGUCAAACCAUUGCCAUUCAAAACUCUUGAACUCUGGGAGGGACCACCACUGUAUCCACUAGAGGAUCUUCCAGAAGACGAUGGAACUCGUCAAAUGAGUCUCAUGGAGUACAUGGAUGCAGUUAGAAAACAGAGAGGACUACAUAUGCCAAAGCAUUCAGAUCACAUACUUAAGAAAGUGGUUUUCAAUGAAAUCGAGAAGAUUCCGGGGAUGUGGAGCACGAAAGCCACGACCAAUCAACCGAAAUUCUAUCAGUGUGUUGGCAUCGGAGUGUAUAAAAGAACGGGGAAAAUAUUGCCUCCAAAAUACUUAGCGACAAUCUUCAAAUUCGGAAAAGAUGCGAUACGAAACCGCCUGCGAAACGCAAUUCUUCACAAACGCUUGUCUCCGGUCGAAGUGGAAGAACACAUGUGGAGAUGGGACUUCUAUGGAUACAUUCGAUACUAUCGUACACCUCUAAAGCCAUGGGAGCAAUUUGUGAGAAAACAAGCGAAUGCGUUGGAUCAGAAAAUCUAUCAUGAUGUUGAGGAUAGUGCAAUUGAAGAUGGUGAAAUGAUGGGAGUAGAGGAAGAGUUCGCAGAAGAAGACGAUUAUCAAGUAGAUGAGAAAUCAAUGGGCGGUUUGGAUGAUGUCAAGGUGGAGGAACCGACAAAUGGAUACAUGGAACAAUACUCACCUCCACAAUACUACGCUCAACCCCUGUAUUCUGCACAGCAUUCCGAAAAACUUCAUCAAAAUCAUCAGUACUCUCCGCCAAAUGUUCCACAACAGGGAAUCCAAAUGGCUCAAAUGUACCCACCGAGAAUGAGGGAAGUGCCGAGUCUUCCCACUUCAAACAGUUCAGCUUCCGAGGAAAAACCCGGAUCGUCAUCUAGCUUCGCAAUUGAUUUCGAGAAAGAAAUGAAUCAAAUCACGUACCACGCCACUCGAAUCGCCAGAGAACAACCGAAUCGAGUGAAAAUGAUUCGAAAAGUUUUGUUCGAUUCGGUGUUCGCUUUCGACGAAAAAGAAUAUAAUAGUGCUGGAGAAGUCUAUCGAGAUUUGGCUGAUAGAAAUCCAGUUAGAAAAUUUAAUUAA